AAGAUUCUGGUUGAUUUAGAGUGUUUUGUUUCUUGUAUAAAGGAGGAACUCUGAUUAAAUGGUCUGCGAGAUGGAGACUGAUCAAAUCGAAGAGAUGGACGUCGAAGUCUUGUCUUCCAUGUGGCCCGAUGAUGUCGGAACCCAAGCAGACAACCAGUUCAACGUAGAGAAACCCGCAGGGGAUUCAGACACCUUGAAAGAAGUAGACAUCGCCGAGAAACGAACCAUGGCUGAUCUAAAACGUUUACCCGAACUCCUGAACACCACCGACCAAGGCUCCUCACAACUCACCAACCUCGUGAGACAAUGGGAGUACAUGCAAGACCACGCGGUUAGGCUUCUAAGAGAAGAGCUCAAGAUCCUCACCAGACAGAGAGAAGAAGCUGAGGCCAAGGAGCUUAAGAUCAUAGAGGAGCAUAACUUCGAGACCGAAGAGCCUGAGAACGUCCCCGUUUUGGAUGAGACCAGCCAUCUUUUCCGCAGGUUUAGGCAGAAGAAACGCGACGAGCUGGUGGACAGCAAGAGGGUUGUGAUCGAUGAGGAGUUCGACACGGUUGCGUAUUGGAAACAGAAGGCGUUGAGUUUGGAGAAGAUGCUUGAAGCGAGUACCGAGAGAGAGAGGAGGUUGAUUGAGAAGCUGAACGAGAGUUUGAAGACUAUGGAGAGUCACUCAGCACCGGUGGAAGAGCUGACUCAGAAUCUUAAGAGAGCUGAAGGGUUCUUGCAUUUCAUACUUCAGAAUGCACCUAUUGUUAUGGGUCAUCAGGAUAAAGAUCUACGUUACUUGUUCAUCUACAACAAGUUUCCUUCGUUACGAGAACAGGACAUUUUGGGCAAAACAGACGUGGAGAUAUUCCACGGAGGUGGAGUUAAAGAGUCUGAAGAUUUCAAGAGAGAGGUUCUUGAAAAAGGAAAAGCUUCAAAGAGAGAGAUCACAUUCGAGACAGAGUUAUUCGGAUCAAAGACGUUUUUGAUAUACGUUGAGCCUGUUUACAACAAAGCUCGCGAGAAAAUCGGUAUAAACUACAUGGGAAUGGAAGUAACUGAUCAGGUAAGGAAAAGAGAAAAAAUGGCUAAGCUCAGGGAAGACAACGCGGUGAGAAAAGCGAUGGAAUCAGAACUGACCAAGACCAUUCACAUCACAGAGGAGACUAUGAGAGCUAAGCAAAUGCUGGCGACAAUGUCUCAUGAGAUAAGAUCACCGUUGUCAGGAGUGGUGGGAAUGGCUGAGAUACUUUCUACUACAAAGCUGGAUAAAGAGCAAAGACAGUUGUUGAAUGUCAUGAUCUCUUCUGGUGAUUUGGUGCUUCAGCUGAUUAAUGAUAUUCUUGAUCUCUCCAAGGUUGAAUCAGGUGUGAUGAAGUUAGAAGCUACAAAGUUUAGGCCAAGAGAAGUGGUGAAGCAUGUGCUUCAGACAGCUGCUGCAUCGCUGAAGAAAGAUUUGACGUUAGAAGGAAACAUUGCAGAUGAAGUUCCUAUAUUGGUGGUUGGAGAUGUUCUAAGGAUCCGGCAGAUUCUCACCAACCUGAUCAGCAAUGCUAUCAAAUUUACACAUCGAGGAAAGGUUGGGAUCAAACUCAAAGUGAUAUCACAACCAUCCUUUGCUAGUGAUAAAGAACAAAACGAGACUUCGGUUUGGAUUUGCUGUGACGUUUAUGACACUGGAAUUGGAAUCCCAGAGAACGCUCUCCCUUGUUUGUUCAAGAAGUACAUGCAAGCAAGCGCUGAUCAUGCUCGCAAAUACGGUGGAACUGGUCUCGGUCUCGCCAUUUGUAAACAGCUGGUUGAGCUAAUGGGAGGUCAACUCACAGUGACAAGCCAAGUCAACUUAGGUUCAACGUUCACGUUCGUAUUACCAUACAAAGUUGCAACACCAGAUGAUCAUUCAGAUGAUCAAGAUGAGUUCUCUGACAUGGUUGAUCAUCAUCAACCAGAGCCAGACGACACAACCGAAGGAUACUUCCAGUUUAAACCCCUUCUAGGAUCUAUAUAUUCCAAUGGCGGACCGGUCAUGGGCAAUAACUUCUUACCUCACAAAGCUAUGCUCACUAGUCCUAUUAAGCUCAUCAACGGUUCUGUCGCCGAUCCUUCUAACAGCAGUGGACAAAGCCAGACGGUUCAGGUUGAAAAUGGUGGUUAUAUGGAUGAAUCUGAGUCGGCUCAUCAAUAUGGCAAUGGGAAUGGUCAUCGAUGUUCCUCCAAGGAAAGUGAAUCUUGUAGCAGUUCACAAGCUAGCUCAGAAAUGGAGUCAGAGCUCACAGUUUCAUCUCCUAGGGAAGAGGAAAAAACUGAGACGGAGGUCAAAGAGACAUCACAGCCAAAGAUUUUGCUUGUGGAAGAUAACAAAAUCAACAUCAUGGUUGCCAAGUCGAUGAUGAAGCAACUAGGCUAUACCAUGGACAUUGCCAAUAACGGAGUUGAAGCCAUAAACGCUGUUAAAGACACUAGCUACGACUUGGUACUCAUGGUAAGUCAACUUGUAAGUUCACUUAAUUUGAAAAAAAGGCUUAUAAAAGAAUUUUGGGGUUCACAGGAUGUGUGCAUGCCAGUUAUGGAUGGUUUAAAAGCUACAAGACUGAUCCGUUCAUACGAAGAAUCUGGGAACUGGGAUGCUGCAAUAGAAGCAGGAGUUGAUAUAAAGACAUCAGAGAGUGAGCAAGGCUGUGAGCGUUCCACUGACCGGCUGCCUAUAGUCGCUAUGACCGCUAAUACAUUAGCAGAGAGCUCAGAAGAAUGUUAUGCAAAUGGUAUGGACUCUUUUAUUUCUAAACCUGUAACGUUGCAAAAACUUAAAGAGUGUCUACAACAGUAUCUCCAGUGAGAUUUUCAAAGUUUGUAUAUAAAAAUGUGAUAUAGGAAAAAGUUUUGGAGAGCUAUACAAAAGUAGCUUUGCUCUCUUAGGGAUUGUACAGUUAUCAAUAAAAAAAGAGUUUGUCUUUCUUUAUUUAUUUGUGGGAAGUUCAUGGGGAGACAAAACAAAACACUCUUUGUGCCUUAGUGUUGAUGGCAAGACAAAACAUACUUCAAAACGUGACUUAUCUUGAUUUCUGUUGGCUGUAACGUUGUAUACCAUGAACAUCGACAAUCCCUGGAGGGAACACUGGAUCAGUAGCCGCUCUAACCGCAACUUUGGCAACUGAUUCAACGUUCACCGGAGGUGUGAACAAAGGUCCGACUAAU